AUGAUAAGGCGAAGUCAACGUUUAUCGGAAGCCAAAGAAACAAGGCUUCGUUGCAAUGGUGAUAUAGCUAACAACAAAUCGAUGAAAUUAGAUGAUUCUGGCAUAGCUAAUCACAGUAAUGACGCAGAAACCAUUACGGAUAAUAAUAAAAAAAAAGGCAAUUGUAAAUUAAGUGUGAAAAGAUCAUCGGCAAUAAGUCUGAAAGAUAUACCCCUCAAGGAAAGGCGAAAAAUGGCUGAAGAAAGAAAUAAAUGUCUUAUUGCUUUUCAGGAUUUAAAUUUAAUGAGUACAAGUGGUGAAAGUAUGGCGGUUUUACUGAGUCAAGGCUUAACUAGCAGCGAUGCUGAGAAAGUUGAUUCGGUGCUAAAAAAAGCAAGUUCACAAACAAUUUUAGCUACAUUAAAUGACUUACCAGCCACCUUCAUUAUACCAUUACUCAAGGAAAUUGAAUAUCGUUGUAGAAAUCGCCGGUAUUUCGAUGCUUGUUGGAUGCAGUGGUUGCAGUGUAUUUUAUCUAAGCACAUGGCAUAUUUGUGUACGAUCAGUACAUUAAAAGAAGAUUUGUCGUCUCUUUUUGAUUGGAUAAGUAAAAGAGCAUCCAGAAUGAAUGAUCUUCUACAAGUUAAUGGUAAACUUUCAUUAAUCAACGAACAAAUCGAUCGUCGCAUGUGUCCACAAAUGUUCAUUACCCAGCAGCCUUCUAUUUCUUUCGAAGAUGAUGGUGACAUAUUGUCAGAAACAUCAGGUGAAACAGAUGGCCAAAUUGAUGAAGAGAGCAUUGAGGACAUGGAAGAAUGGUGGAAUGAUGAUGAAUUCGGUUCUGGGGGAAGUGAAAUAUCAUCGGAGGAAAGUAAUAGAGACGGUCCUGAAGAAGGUAGUGAUAAUAGAAUGGAUGAUAGUGAGAGCGGAGGAGGCCGCACGGAUGAUGAUGAAAUGGAAGUGGACUAA